AUUUAAAUGUGACACCACCGGAAGUUGCUUUACUAGCCUAGCUUGGUCGGCUGCUUUUAAAGCUCUCGUUAGCUGUUUUUUAAACAGUCAUUCCGAAGACAUGAAGCCUGCAGUGGAUGAAAUGUUCCCUGAGGGAGCCGGACCGUAUGUGGAUCUGGAUGAGGCAGGGGGCAGUACCGGGCUGCUGAUGGAUUUGGCUGCUAAUGAGAAAGCCGUGCACUCCGACUUCUUCAACGAUUUUGAAGACCUGUUCGAUGACGAUGACAUCCAGUGAUGAAGAUGAAGCAAUGAAUCAAUCGUGUGAAAUUGUACUUUUUCCUUAUCUGUAUAAAGUCCAGUUUAUGAUGCUAUGGGUAUUUUUUGUCAAUAAAACGUUUUGUGAAAAAAUGAAAA